AUGGGAAAUCAACUAGUCCGCCCACCAGCUGUUAAACGCGACAAACCAAAUCACGCCUCACAAAAAUGGUCGAUGAAAAAAGCGGGAAAAGGCAUCGACACUUCGAAUAAGUUGCCAAACGUGGCGCCACGUCGACAAUGUCUCGUCAGAUUGUUGAAACAAAAUCGCAUUCAUGACUAUUUGCAAUUGGAAAAGGAGUUUAUUCUGCGACAAAAUCAAUUGAAACCGAUGCAAGUGCAAAAGAGGAAUGAGCAAAAGAUGGUGCAACAAUUGAGAGGAACACCAACCAGUUUGGCGAGAAUUCAUGAGCUUUUUGAUGAUGAAAAGGUGCGUCCCCUUCCUUUUCUGCUUUUUCGCCCGCGCUAUUCUUAUUUGAGAAAAGAGUGAGAGGAAAAUGUGGCCGCGUGGCCUAAUGGAUAAGGCACCAGACUUCGAAUCUGGGGAUUGUAGGUUCGAGUCCUGCCGUGGUCGAAAUUUUUUGCAUUUUUUUCUCGCUCUUUGAAAAUUAGGGUUUUCCAUAGGAAAGAAGUAGCGCUACUACUAGUAGAAAAACAAUUGUUUCCAUACUUUUUUUCUGUUGUUGGCGUUAAUUGUCACGUAAAAUGUUUUAUUUUGGAAAUUUUUGGUAGAAAACAUUUCUGAAAAACAACUCUCAAGAAGCCUCCACGUGGAAAAUUUUGAUAUCAUACUUUCUCAAUUUUAGUUCAGCAUCCAUAAUACGGUGAAAUUCCAGCCUGAAGCUUCUGAAAAGCUGAAAAUUGAUCAAAGGCGCACCGGUUUUCUCGGAAAUAUCUUGACGCGACUGUUUUUUCGUGUAGUUCUCGCGGACAAAUUCAAAAAAUUAUUUUUUUUUGCGUGCGCGAAAGUCGUUUUUCUGACCUAAAUCCAGAGAUUUCCAGGAUUUUUUUUUGUAAAUGAGAUGCAUGGGCUUCUAAGGCAUCUGAAAUAGUUAGUCUUACCACGAAAACUCUAGCUUCUGGCUUAAAAAUAGGCUUUUUAUCGAAAAUUCCAAUUCUCCCUCAAAUUUGACUGAAAUCAAUGUUUUUUUCAGCAUGCUGUGGUCGUUGUCGAAGGUUCAAAACGCGAAUGGUACGUGCCGAUUCUAUCAAUCGUCGACAAGGAUUUGCUUCGUCUCAACGCGUUGGUAAUGGUGAAAACUGGUGGAAUGUUUAAAACUGUCCCCUCAGCGAUUGUGGGAGUUCUCGACGACAAAAUUGAUAGCAAUGCGAUGGGUCACAAAGUCGAAAAAGCUCCCAAAGAGUCUUUUGACGACAUCGGAGGUUGUGAAUCGCAAAUUCAAGAAAUCAAGGAGUCUGUUGAACUUCCACUAACUCAUCCAGAAUAUUAUGAAGAGAUGGGAAUCACCGCCCCAAAAGGUGUGAUUCUCUAUGGUGAACCGGGAACCGGAAAAACAUUGCUGGCAAAAGCUGUAGCCAAUUCAACAAGUGCCACGUUUAUCCGUGCAACUGGUGCGGAUUUGGUGCAAAAGAAUUCGGGAGAAGGUGCGAAAUUAGUGCGACAAUUAUUCCAGAUGGCCAAAGACAAUGCACCGUCUAUUGUUUUUAUCGAUGAAAUUGAUGCGGUUGGAACGAAACGAUUUGAUACGUCAUCACGAGGAGAGCAAGAAGUUCAACGAACUUUGUUGGAGUUGUUGAAUCAAUUGGAUGGAUUUGAGAGUCGUGGAGAUGUUAAAGUCAUUAUGGCCACAAAUCGAAUUGAUUCGUUGGACCCCGCUUUGAUUCGACCAGGACGUAUUGAUCGUAAGAUUGAGUUUGCCAAACCGGAUGAGAAGACGAGACAGAAGAUUUUUGGAGUGAGUCUAGGGAACCUGGGUAUUCGAAAAUCCAAAACAUUUUUCUUGCAGAUUCACACAUCUGGAAUGACGCUCGAAAAAUCGAUAACCUACGAAUCGGUCAUGGCCAAAGAAAAAUCGAUUAGCGGUGCUGAAAUCAAGGCGGUUUGUACCGAAGCUGGAAUGUUGGCACUACGUGGACAACGAAAAUGUGUGGGAAAAGAUGAUUUUGAGCGAGCCGUCAAAUCGGUUUUGUUGUCGAAAAAGGCUGGAGCACCCGAAACGUUUUAUGGAUAG